CCAAGACAAUACAUGCCGCAUGAUGCACCUCCCCUCCGAAAUCGUGCUGGAGAUCUUGAAAUACGCAGGGCGCGAUAUAGCCCCUUUUCUGCGCAUCAACACACAAUGGUUUCGCUGUGGGAUUUCUCUUGUAUGGUCGCGUGUAUUAUCGCCGGCCAUACUCAGAGUCCCAAAGCAUCGAAGACAGAUUUAUGCCUCUGAGAUCCGACACUUUAUUUCAUGGUGCCGGACCAGCGAACAAUUCAAAGAGCUUGGUCAACUUUCUUGGCCUAAGCUGGAAUCACUCUUCGUCGAUUUUCCCGAGCGUGAUGGGCUAGCGCUGGCAGACUACAUGACAUCUCUGGAAUGCUAUCUGGGCGACAGGCUGAGGCAUCUUGAGCUUGCAGGUCCAUUUCACCCCGAAUUACUUAGCUUCUUCCGAGCCUCCUGCCCUCAAUUACGCGAAUUCUCCAUCAAAAGAUCCGGCCCUGGCCUUACGCCCGAAAACCUCCUUACAUUCCUUGAGGAAAGCCCAUCGUUGACGAACUUAUCUAUUUGGUCCGGUGAAUUACCACUGGUAACCGGUCAAACACUCAACCAUUUGGCAGGCCGCAAAAAUUUACAGUAUCUUUCUCUCAGUGAAGAAAAGGAUAUAGACGCCAUCAAUGCCGUCAACGAACCAUCCCCUUUUCCGCAUCUGCAAAACCUCGAUGUGUCAGCGACAGAAGCCACACUUUCACCACUGGUCAGCAUGGUCAGAUGUGUCCGAAAUUUGCGCAUAAGUCUAGCAAGACUGGAUGAUGAUGACACCUUCCUGUCUUUUGAUAGUGUUGCUCUGAGACAUGUCUCCACUCUGGUCGAAUUACAGGACCUGAACCUCUUCAUUAUGGGUGCCAUGAGGAUCAGAAAUGAAGAUUUGCUAUCUCUCAAAAAUCUGACGCAGUUGAAACGUCUGAGCAUCGAAGGGCAUCCCUUGCCUUCUUUUACCGCUCCAAAUUUUGAUGAUGCCAACUUUGAAGAGCUGUUCACAAACCUUCGUCAACUCGAAGUUCUCAAGCUCAAUAUCUCUCUCUUCGAAUUGACUACUGACUCAUUGAAGAGUUUAGGCACAUGUUGCCCGUCACUGCGCCAGUGCGACAUCACGGAGGUAUGUGAUCUGGCAGCUUUCAGAUAUGAAAAUACCCCCUUAUUCUCGAACCUCGAGUUCCUCCGCAUCGACUCUUUCACUAACCUCGAACGAUUGUGCUCAUGGAGUCGGCCCUAUGAUCACGUUCGGCAACUUGAGAAACACUUCCCCAAACUCCAGGAGCUGGAAUGUACGUUCGCGGAAGCCCUUGAUGAAGACGAACUCUCCGAGAAAAUUAUGCAGUUGUGGUGGAAGAGGCAAAUAAACGGCAAAGCCAAAGCAGCAAGGCAACCUAAGCGGCCGCGAGUAUGAGGUACACAAGCGGUUGACGUGGUCAAUCAACUCCACUUCAACAACCAAACGUCAAGUAAGAGACCAUAGAGAAGGAAAAGUAGAGGAUUUGUGGUAGGUCCAUACACCGCGCAAUCACUCGGGUGGCUAUUGCGAUUUGAUUCCUUAUAUUGACUAUCGAGCUUCUCCCUCAGAAACGGGUUCAGAGCCACGAAACCUGAGUUUUCAACAUAUAUGGUGUAUAAAUAACUUUCGGGGUUAUAUCGUUCUAUUUUGGAUUUCUUGACCGAGACUCGCAAUUUCAACCAAAGUCGUACGUGAGCAGAAACUUGCAAACCUCCUUGGCAAGGGUCACCAACAAUGUCUUAUCAUCCCUCCGGUCGCCGCGUAUGACACGCUACAAUUUGCUCGUCUUAGUCAACCGAAAGGGUCUGCCUGUCGAAUCCGAGAACAGUUCAUGUAUGGGCAGAUUAUGCCGGUUACUUCUACUCGAACUUCAUAGAACCGAGCUGUUCCGAAAGCUUCAUUGAUUUGCAUCGCUUAGCAGCUUGACAUACCCCGGAUUCUACGCAUGAGGAAUCCCUGUCAUGCCAAGCAUUCCGAAACCCCAAUGAAGAUUUCUCAUGAGGGUUACGGAAAGUUCUUUUGGGGGCUCUCGUCAUAGGACAGGGGGGCUGAGGUUGCUUUCUUCGGAAGCAAGGGCUACCUGGGGACAUUUUCGAUAGCUGCCCGAGCACAUAACCUUAGUUGUGGGGUCUCAGACUGAGGAAUGACUGAAUGCGGAGAGGUUGAUGGAGAUCUGACAAUGGGAAUAGUGGUUUUCUCUUCAAAGACUGUAAAUUAUGCUUUGAUAGUUUGGCCAAGUCAUCGGAUGAGAGGCAUUGUUUAGAAACCUUCCAAUGAGGUGAAUGCACUUGAGAUUUACAUGGAGGACUUCUUGAAUUGCUGAAGUCAGUAAAUGCACUAUUCUAGAAGAUCACCACCUAGCCAACCCAAAUGGAGCAGAUAAUGAGUGAAGGAAACACUACUACAUACCAUCCUUGGAAUGGAUGUAGGAGCUCAACGGCGCCUGAAAUUGUCAGGAUCUCCGGUUCUUUCUUAAACUGAAGUGGAGAUAGAAAGCAAAGAUGGAAUGCAAGUAAUCCAUUGCUGUAAUCAACGUUGUUAGACCAUAACGACCACUCAACGGCAUGUUGGGAUGAGCAAUAGACCUGAAGUACCGUAUAUAACGGGUCUUAGUAACAACGA